AGACUCGGAGGGCGGCCGUCGGCUGCCCCACGGCGCGAAGCCGAAGGUGUGAAGCCCAGUGCAGGCGCGCUGACCCGGAAGACUGAGAAACAGAAAGGAGCCCCUUGGCUCGUUGCUUGGCUUCGUGCACUGAAGGCUGUUUCCCGUGGCCGCGAUGGCCAUGCCGAACCUGAACCAGAUGAUGCCGAAUGCAAAGGAAAGGGCAUCGAAAGAGAAGAUGCAGAUCGAGUCGGAGGUUUUCAAACUGUUGAAGGUCAAUCCCAGAGACGUCAAGCAGAAGCUGAGCGUUGCUGACCUGAAGGUGCAUCAUGAGGCUCUGCAAGAUACCCAGGAGGAGGUGGAGGAUCAUUUGCUUUUUAUCACCAGCCUUCAGCUCUUGAACCAGGCCAUGCGUAAUCGGGACCUCAAGAAGCUGAGAGCGCAGGAAUCCGUGAUGCAGAUGUUCAUCACAAAAUGUUUGUGCACCAUCUUUGCUUGGCUGCUGUCAGCGGUGGCUUACCAGUUGAUCGUCCGGGUGCUGAGUGCCAUGUUUGAGGGCGUCGAGGAUGCAGAUCAGCAGCAGGUCAGGCAGCUUAUGGGAUACACCAUCUAUGCAGUUAUUACCUGGACUUUGGUGCCCAUCUUGCAGCACUUCGUCGGAGAGAUCGACAGCGAUGACCACUACAGCCGAGCGCAUGCAGCCGUGGACCUGCUGGCCAAAGCGAUGCCCAUGAUAUUGGCAUGGGCAUUCAAGGAUGUGGUGCAAACUUUUUUGGCCUGGACUGACCAACCGUUGUGGGAUGAGAUCAUUGUGGCUGUAGUGCUGGUAAUUUCGGUCUCUGCCAUUUCGCACAUCCCCCGGGUGGGCCGCGCAAAGAAGGAGCUGGCCGAACAUCCGCCCAUUGACACCAUCGCCAAUCGGUACUUGUCUUUGCCGUACAAUUCCCUGCUGGGGGUGGGCUAUGCCAUCAAUCAAGUCGCCGUGUACUUUGUCCAACUUAUUUCUCAUGCAACUUCGUCAAAGUUGCCAGAUGGGGCCGUGAAUAUUCUGGAGGUGAUGGUGCAGAUUUUGUACUUUGGACUUAUGUCUAUUGUAGUGAUCAGGAUCGAUGCGGCAUAUCAUAGGCGGAGACUGCGCAAGCAAAGAUUAGAGAAGGACGGGGAAGAAUUUGAGCAAGACUUAAAGGAGGCAGAGCUGACCAAAUUUGAGAUGGAACUUCUUGCAAGCAACCUGGGCGACACGGUGACACACUCUCUGGCUUUCGUUUAUGGCUGGGGCGUCAGCGACACACUCAGGGUGAUCUACUACCCUUUCUUUAUGGGCUGCGACACCUACAAAGUGUGCAGCUACCAGCAAACUUGGUACUUCGGCAUCAUUGUCACAGCAGUCCUUGGAUCAUAUAUCAAGACACUGAGCCUGCAAGAGUACCGCCGUCCAGAGAGCAAAUCCUACCGCACCUUGAUGAUCAAUGCUAUGUCGCUGACGGUGGGCUGGGCCUGGAUGAAUGUGUGUGAGGUUACAUCAAAUUUCUUCGUGGAUCAGUGGAACUCUGUGCAUCCAAGUGUUUGGACCAAAACCUUCACUUACCUGAUCCUGCUGGUUUUCCUGUACGCUGUCAUGGUGGAGAUCUACUACCAAAUCUUGGAUGAGCUUCGCUACAUCAAGCGUGAGCGCAACGAGUUUCACGCAGCCUACCCAGCGGUGCCGGACAGCAUUCGCCAGUAUGAUUUGGAGCAACGGCGUGAAAUUUCCGGACUCACAGGAUUGUGACCAGGCCCAGAAAGAGAGAGCACAGGAAGCGGGCCGAGGUCCUGAGCUGCUGGGCUGCGAUAACUGCACGUAGCUGCCUAGUGUGCAAAGCUGCGUUCGCUAAACUCGCGACGGGAUGUGAC